GAGAGAAAGAGAGAGAGAGAGAGAGAACGGUGCUUUUGUAACUACUUUUCUUUCAAUUUGUAAUAUUUUUAACUUAUUCUUGUGUAACAUGGGACGAUAAAGUAGUACGGAAUAGAAAUAAAAAUUUGUAUAAACAUUUGUAAUAAGCGGCGGCCUUAAGUGGCUCUGCCAAACAUUGCUACCUGUUUUAUUGUUAUUUACGUGACAAUAAAGCUCUCAAGAAAAGCAAACAUUUGUUUGAGUAUUUCGUUACUUAUUUUUUUAAUGCGUGCAACUACACCAGGUCAGAAUAGAUUACACACACAUGUGCACACUAUUAACAUUUUAAAUGUUCUUUACGCGCAAUCACAAUUACGUUUUCUGUACUUGUGUUUCUUUCCUUGCGAGUGGAAGAAAAUAUUUGUUUUCCUCAUCAAAUCCAAACUCGCGACCUUAAGGUACGACGGUAAACAAACACGGUGUGUAAUCUGACAAAGUAAUACAAAUGUACGGAUUCAAUGCUAACUUUCUUGAUUUUCUUAAACCUCGUCUUUCAAUCGGGUUUCUGACAAUGGCAGACGCGCAAGAUCGUCGAGUGUGGCGAUACUACGAUGUAAAAAAAUCAGAAACCGAUCACAGAUCCUACCGAGGAUUGGAACUUGUCAAUGGGAUAAGAGUGUGUUUGAUAAGCGACAGAACAAUUUCCAGAGCAAGUGUUGUACUAGACGCUAACGUUGGCUAUUUUAACGACCCGCCUGAUAUGCAAGGACUGGCGUGCUUGUGCCAACGUGUGAUGAUUCUGGGAACCAGCAAGCAACGAAGAUGCAAUCAGUUCAGACAGUUUUUGUUUAACCGCGGUGGGGUUUUCGCUUCGACGACGACAGCGGAUCACACCAGCUUCUACGUCAACGUGAAAUCCGUGCACUUUCGCUCUGUCUUGGGACGUUUCGUUCAUAUUUUUCUAACGCCUCUCUUCAAGGAAGAUUGGAUCGAGAGAGAGGCGAAGAUCAUAGAUCUGGAAUGGAAAGACAAUCUCAAGUGCGAUCUCCAACGGGUGCACGAGUUCGACAAGUUCACUGCCAGCAACGCGCAUCCUUAUUCGAAACUUCUCACGGGUAAUGAGGAAACGUUGAGCAAAAUACCGAAACUGAGAGGCGUCAACGUCAGAGAGAGACUGUUGGAGUUCUUCGGAAGCAAUUAUUCCGGCAAUCGUAUGUCGCUGUGCGUUUGCAGCAAUGACACGUUGGACAACCUCGAGAAACUAGUGCUGGAUCUCUUCUGUCGAAUAAACGGCACGACAUUUCACUUUCUGUCGAUCUACGACCAUCCGUUUCAACACCCGGAAGAAUUUUGCGUCAAGUGGUACCUCAUUCCCAAAACACCGAUCAAGUUCGUGAGGAUUAUAUUUCCCUUACCUUUUCAGAUAACGAAUUACUGGAGUUACCAGCACCUGGACUUUAUUUGUCAUUUGUUGGAACACGCGGGAGAGGACACCUUGCUGCAAUACUUGAAGAUCAAAAAUUGGUGUCACGACAUCGCGGCAGACAUAGUUGAAUACGCCGCGGGCGUCAAUUUUUUAAAGAUCGAUUUCAAUGUGACGGCGAUCGGUAUUAUGUACGCCGAGGACAUCAUCAUGCAUUUCUUCCAAUAUCUGAAACUGUUCUCCGACAAACUGUUAAUACGGAGAUCGAGCAUUCAAUACGCGCAACUCGAGUGGCUGUUCAAUACAUUUAUAGAUACCAAGGAGGAAAAGGAGAAGCUCGAAGAUAAUUUUAAUCAUCUGGAGAUGUUCAAAAUAGUACAAACGAUGCAGAGACGAGUGUUUAUCAAAGAACUGUCCAUAAACAGACCCCGAUCCGGCGAGUUCAAUCUCGACCUGAUUCACUGGUUGUUGAAGAAUUACAUAAAGCCGAAAUACAUAAGGAUUUACUCGGUCGCGAGAGAAAAUCUGACGGAAGUGCCCUGGACGUCGAUAGGCCCGAAACGGUGUAACGGAUUACGUUACUACGAAGAAAAACUGGACGAGAGUAUAAUUGACAUAUGGAGGAAAUCUGACACAAAGUCGAUGAGAUUACCUCGCACGCGGGAAUUUCUAAGACAGCAGUGAAAGCUCUUU